AUGGAGACCAUCCGCGGUCUCCUGUGGAAGCCGACGCCAGAGGAGCAGAAGCGCAAAUGCAACGCCCUGGUGCGCCAAAACGUGCGCAAACUCGACCGCGACAUCCAGCAGCUCAAGGCCACGGAGCAAAAGACCAAGACGCUCAUCCUGCAGUCGUCCAAGCGCGCCCAACGCAACCCCUCCAUGGCCAAGCAGGCAAACCAGGACGUCCGCAUCUUCGCCCGCGAACUAGUGCGCAUCCGCAAGCAGAACUCGCGCCUGCAGACGAGCAAAGCACAGCUGCAGUCCGUGCAGAUGCAGGUCAACGAGGCCUUUUCCGUGCGCAGGAUCGAGGGCUCGAUUAAAGCGUCCACGGGCAUCAUGCGCGACGUCAACAGUCUGGUCAGGUUACCCGAGCUCAUGGGCACGAUGCGCGAGCUGAGCUCCGAGCUCAUGAAGGCGGGCAUUAUUGAGGAGAUGGUCGAUGAUACGUUGAUGGAUAAUGAGAUGCUGGAGGGUGAGGAGGGUGAGGCUGAGGAGGAGGUCGAUAAGGUGCUGUCGGAUAUCCUCAAGGAUCGACUGCCGGCUAGCAAGGCGAAGGAGGACGAUCUGCCAACGCCUGCGCAGGCAGAGGAGGAAGACGAAGAGGAGGACCAGGCGGAGAUGUUGGCCCAGAUGAGGGGCAGGCUGGAGGCGCUCAAGAGCUGA